AUAUUAUUAAAUUCAAAUUGUUUAACAACAAAUACAGAUUCAAAUUUAGAUUCAAAUUCAUUAUUAUUAAAUGAAAUAAAAGAAUUAAAAAAUAAAAAUGAUUUAUUAGAAGAACAAUUAGGUUUUCAAAUAAAAGUAAAUGGUGAAUUAAAAACAUUAUUAGUUGCAUCAUUAGGUGAAGAUUUAGAAGCACGUGUACAAGAUCUAACAAAUGAUAAAUUAGAAUUAGCACGUGCAUUAUUAUCAUCAACAGAACAUUUAACAUCACAUCGUGAACAAUUAGAAUAUUUAGCUGGUCAUUCAGAAGUAUGGCGUAGUAAAUUCUUAGCAUCAAGUUUAAUGGUUGAUGAAUUAGCUAAAUAUAAAUUAGAAUUAACAACAUUAAUAAAUGAAUUAAAAGAAUAUGGCGGUACUAGUGAUGGUAAUAAUAGUGGUUCAAAUAAUACAACAACAACAACAAAUACAACAGAUCAUACAAAUACAAUGAUCUAUCAAUUACUAAUCAAUAAUAAAAUUAAACAACAACAACAACAACAAAUUAAUACACAAUGUUGUAUUCAUUGUAAUCAUAAUAAAUAA